AAGGUAAUGGUAUCACCAGUAAGUGAUUCAAGAGUACGCGCAUUCGGGCCAGGAUUAGAGAGUGGUGUUGCAAAUUUGCCAAGUAUCUUCCUUAUUGAAACAGAUGGUGGUCGUUGUGAACAGAUUGAUGUUACUGUGAGCGGAAGGAUAAUGACAUCGGAAAAUGGUUCUGAGAAACCGGAUAUAGAAUUGGUAGACAAUAAAAAUGGGUCUGCUGUUGCUCGAUUUACUCCUACCGUACCUGGCAUUUACACAAUAAAGGUAUGCUAUGCUGGUGAGCAUGUCAAAGGUUCGCCAUUUGUCGUACAAGUGCAACCAGCUAAUAAUAACCUGAAAGUUACUGAUAUGCGAUUAUCUGGUAUCGGACCGGAUUUUACUGCUCUACAAGACGAAAAUCUAACAUUCUGGAUCGAGAUGCCCGAUGCAAGAGUGCGUCUUAAACCAUUAGUAAGAGCACUGGACAAAAAUUACGAAGAGGUACCGGUACAAGUAAUGGAAACUAAAUCUGGACAGUAUGAAUGCCGUUUUUUCCCCAAGCACCGGGUCGAUAUUAUUUCCUUCUAUCAGUCGGCGGUAGUAGUCCGAAAAAUGAUUGAUGCAAGCAAAAUUCGAAUCUAUGGUGCUGGUAUUGGACCUGAUGUUCAUGCAACUCGACCAGUAGCCUUCAUCAUUGAUCCACAAAAUGUUGGUAGUGUUGAAAAAAUCCGUUCGCAAUUAUAUCAUCAAAAUGGAACACCGGUGAAUGUUGCAUUGGUCGAUAAUGGAAAUGAAACACUUACUGCGAGUUAUGUAGCUCCUGAAGCUGGUCUGUAUGAGUUGACAUUACACUACGAAGAUAUGGAAUUAAUGAAAAUGAACAUAAAUGUUAAACCGGUUGAUAUUUCAUCAAUCGUGGUGGACGGUCUACGUAAUGGGACUGUUACAAUUGGACAUCGGGAGGAUAUUGCGAUUAAUACUGGUGAUUUAACACCCAUGAAGAAUGGUCUCGAACUUAUUGUGGAAGAAGCUAGUGGAUCAAAAUAUAUGAUUCCUCUUGAACGUGGUCAUAAUUCAACUAUUUACAAAGGCUUCUGGACAGCCAAAAAUGUUGGUGAGACAAAAUUUGCUGUUUUCUUCGAUGAAAAUUUGGUUUGCGAAUCACAGAUCAUCGUUCGACGAAACCAAGACGCAACGAUGUGCCGAGUUACUGGUGAUGGACUUAAACGUGCAAUAGUUGGUGUGGCGGCGAAAUUUCAGGUGGAUAUGAAGGAUGCCGGAGGAGGCAGGAUGAAAAUGGCUAUCAAAGGACCAUCAGAAUCGAAAACAAACAUUAUUGAUCAUUCCGAUGGUUUAUGCACUGUGGAAUAUAUUGCACAAAUUCCUGGGCUGUAUGAAAUAAGCAUUUAUUUCGGUGAUCAUGAAGAAGAAGUUCCCGGUUCACCGUUUACGGUAUUGGUCGAUUAUGAAUAUGACCCGUCGAAAAUCCUGAUAACCGGUUAUAAUAAUGGGCAUGUACGAGGAGGUGUAUCUACGUCAUUUUUGAUCGAUGCUACACGCACUGCUUUGGAACCUAUCAGUGCACGACUUCCUAUUGGUUUCCAGCAACCACUCAUUGAAGAAAUUAAACCUCGCAUAUAUCAAGUAACAUUUACACCGAAAGGCAAGGCAGGUGAAAUAUUGCCCUUGGAAAUUCUUUAUGGUGGUCAGCUUCUCCAUGGAAGGCCAUUGGACUUUACUGUUGAACAAGAGGAAUCGGAACUCGUAGUGCUAAAAAGUGAUUCCGGUAUUAUACCGUCUAAAGUACAGGCUUCUCUUCGAUAUGGUGUCUUAAUUGAUGCAAAAAAAGCUGAGAAAAUUGACAGGCUAAGGGCUGAAAUAAAAGGUCCGAAUAAUAAGUCUCGGAAAUCAUCGCUUACCGAAACAACCGAUAAAGGAAUAUACCUCUUGGAAUUUGUCCCGGAUAUGGCUGGGACAUACGUUAUCAUUAUAUAUGAUGAUGAAAAACCGCUACAUUCGAAACCAUAUGAGCUCACUGCUGUUCCGGUUGGUUCCGCAAACAAAUGUUAUUUGGAAUUAAAACCACUCGACAAAUUUUGGAUUAUUGGGGAGCCGAAAACAUUCAAAGUAAAUGCGAAAUGUGGAGGGGAAGGUGCAUUGAAUAUUGUCUCCGAUAGAGAUGAUUUAGAAGUAAACAUUGAGGAACAAAAUGAUGGCAAUUAUUUAAUAACGCUUACUCCACAUCAUGAAGGACCACAUCGAAUUGCAUUGAUGUAUGGCGGUGUUGAAAUACCUAAUGGAACAUUCAGUUUUGAGGUUAUCAAAUCUUACUUUAUCCAGACGAAUUGA